GUAGCUUGUCUCAUUCCCAGUGUGCAGCUCAGCAAGAGAAGCCUCAGGCAAGGAAAUAGAGGCUGGGGACUCUCCUGGCUUCCCUCUUCAUCUUACUGAGCCUGCCGGCCAGGAGGGCCGCUGGUCCCGCAGCCGCCGGUGGCCUACAGCCAAAGGAGGGCGGAGCCCAUCGGGGCGGGAUUGGCCCUAGGUCCACCUCAUAAAGCCAGGGGCGAGGGGAGCGACGAGUUCUGGAGGAGCCCUGGAGUGGCUGUUUGGUCCGACAGUCCCCAUCGGCUCAGUCGAGACUCUGCAGUGACAUGCCCCGGAGCCCCCGGAUGGCGCCGAGCUGGGCGCUGUUGCUGCGGUUGCUGGCGCUGCUUCGGCCGCCGGGGCUGGGCGAGGCGUGCAGCUGCGCCCCCGCGCACCCCCAGCAGCACGUCUGCCACUCAGCGCUAGCGAUCCGGGCCAAAAUCUCCAGUGAGAAGGUAGUUCCUGCCAGUGCAGACCCUGCUGACACUCAAAAAAUGAUCCGGUAUGAAAUCAAACAGAUAAAGAUGUUCAAAGGGUUUGAGAAAGUCAACGAUAUUCAGUACAUCUAUACACCUUUUGACUCCUCCCUCUGUGGGGUGAAACUAGAAGCUAACAGCCAGAAGCAGUAUCUCCUGACUGGUCAGGUCCUCAAUGAUGGGAAAGUCUUCAUCCAUCUGUGCAACUACAUUGAACCCUGGGAGAACCUAUCUUUUCUGCAGAGAGAAAGUCUGAAUCACCACUACCAUCUGAACUGUGGCUGCCAAAUCACCACCUGCUAUACGGUGCCCUGUACCAUCUCGGCUCCCAAUGAGUGCCUCUGGACAGACUGGCUGUUGGAACGGAAGCUCUAUGGGUACCAGGCCCAGCAUUAUGUUUGCAUGAAGCAUGUUGAUGGCACCUGCAGCUGGUACCAGGGACGCCUGCCCCUCAGGAAGGAGUUUGUUGACAUCAUUCAGCCCUAGGAGGGAUCACCACAUACCUUCAAGAGUCCUGAAGGCCAAGCCAUUUUCCUUCCCUGCUGAGCUCUGGUUGUUACCACCUGCCUCAUUGCUGCCAGACAAUGGGAAGUACCAAGUGGAUGGUCUGGCCAGCAUUAGGGCAGGGAUGGGGCAUAUUACAGCUUGUGUCCAAGACCCCAGUCCAGAACCUGUCAAGGGCUAGGGAAAGUAGCAUGACUUUUCUCUCCUGCCCUCAGCCCUUCAUUCCUGCCUCCAAAACCCUUUUAGUUGAGCGGGUAUUUGUUGCUGAUUCUGGCUUAGUUUCUUUUCCAAAGCUAGGACUAUUCCUUUUUCUCCCCAGAUAAAUGUUUUCUUUUAUCUUAACUGAUCUGACAGGGGAGAAAUGGUGACUAUUAUACACAAGCUGGUGUGGCCUUGUGAUGUACAAGACCAGAAGAUGGGUAUCGUAAACAGGUUGAUUUUGAGAAAUGAAAAGAACAACAUC